AUGGAAAAGGGAGGUGAUAAGGGUAAAGGAGGUGAAUUAUAUCGUGAUGGAAGUCAAUUGCUUGAAUCCAAAAUAUGGAAACAAUUCUGUGUGCCCACUUACUUAUUUCCUGUUUCCAACACUCUUUUCCUUUUCAAAAGGUGUCCAAGCUAUAUAGAACCAUGAAAUCUAACAUGUGUUUCAGAAUUCUUCCUCAUGGGAUUCUCAGAUGAUCUGGAACUUCAGCCUCUGCUCUUUGGGUUCUUCCUGUCCAUGUACAUGGUUGCCAUAUUGGGGAAUCUGCUCAUCAGCCUGACCAUGAGAUUGGACUCCCACGUCGACACCCCCAUGUACUUUCUUCUCUCUAACCUUUCCAUGGCUGACAUCUGUUUUAUCUCUACCACCGUUCCAAAGAUGAUCAUGGACAUCCAAACUCAUGGCAGAGCCAUCUCCUAUGGGGACUGCCUGACUCAGAUGUCUUUUUUGAUCCUUUUUGGAUGUAUGGAUGGUAUGCUUCUGACUGCAAUGGCCUAUGACUGGUUUGUGGCCAUCUGCCACCCUCUGCACUACUCGGUCAUCAUGAACCCAUGCCUCUGCUGCUUCUUCAUUUUAGUCAGUCUUUUGGAUUCCCAGCUGUACAAUUUGAUAGUGUUACAACGUACCUACUUCAAAGAUGUAAAAAUUUCUAAUUUCUACUGUUACCCUUCUCAAUUCCUUCGUCUUGUCUGCUUUGACACUUUCACCAAUAACAUAGUCAUGUAUUCUGUUGGCUUUACCUCUGGUUUUCUCCCUAACUCAAGAAUCUUUGUCUCUUACUAUAAAAUUGUUCUGAGAGAUCUGUCAACAGAUGGAAAGUACAGAGUCUUCUCCACCUGUGGCUCUCACCUGUCUGUUUGCUUAUACUAUGGAACAGCAAAACAAAACACGUAA